GUGGUGACUCUGAUAAAGAAGAAGUAGAACACCCGUGAAAAGGUGUGUUGUGCGAGGAACUUCCCUACACACAACCGAAGAAUUGGACCCAAGUAAACUGGUUUUCAUAUAUUAUUUGACAUUUAAUUGUGUUUUAAGUUCCACCCGUUGUGCAAACCAUAAAGAAAAGAAACGAAUCGUCGCUUUUUUCCAACGGUUGUCCGCGAAUGUUCUAAAAACGGAAUAUUUUUUUUUCGGAAAAGGUGAGGACAGAAAGUAAAAAGAGACACACAUUAAGAGAGGAAAAAAUCCAAGGGAAAAGAACUUCUGUGAAAGAGAGACUGUGCCAUUGGAUAGUAUGGUAAGGCGACCAGUCGCGGAAUAGGAUCAGGAGUAACGCCAACCCAAAUUUUCCAAGGAUGACGGAUUAAGAAGCUUAGCAAGGAAAUAAAACAGAGCAGGCAAGUGAUACCAUGGAUGAUGAAGCCGUUACGACGAGUCAUCCGCACUUGGCCGGAGUAGCGUGAGUCUCGACCAGCGCCGGCGGAUCCGUGUGGAGGCAGAGCACCACAACAUCAUCAGCAUCACAUUGUAUCGCAAAACAAAAUGGCGGGUGGUGAGCAUUCGUUUGGAAGAAAGACAUUUCACAAGCCAACCUAUUGCCAUCACUGCUCGGAUCUGCUGUGGGGACUAAUCGGACAAGGAUACAUCUGUGAAGUCUGCAACUUUAUCGUACACGAAAAAUGCGUGACGAAUGUGAUAACACCUUGCCUGGGUGUUGCACCGUAUCUGAUCCGAAAUCCGGUCGCACACUGCUGGUCCGAGCCGUCGCAACAUAAACGGAAGUUCUGCUCGGUCUGCCGCAAACGUUUGGAUGAAACACCCGCCGUUCAUUGUUUAAUUUGCGAGUACUUUGCCCAUGUCGAGUGCCAGGAUUUUGCGAUCCCCGACUGCAAGGAAAAUGCCACGUACGUGCCGGGCAAGGAACUGGGCCACGUCAAACACCAGCACCACUGGCGCGAAGGCAACCUUCCGCAAUCAUCGAAGUGUGCGUACUGCAAGAAGGCAUGCUGGUCCUACGAAUGCCUUACCGGUUAUCGCUGUGAAUGGUGCGGCACAACGACGCACGGUGGCUGCCGAAAUAACAUCUCGUCGGAGUGUACCUUUGGGACGCUGCAACCGAUCUAUUUGCCCCCGCAUGCUGUCUCCAUACCGCGAACUGAAGUGCCAAUGGAAGCAAUUAUCGGAGUCCAAAACAAGAACAGGGGAACGCCGGGAAUGCAGAGGGAUUACUCGUGUCCGGAACUGUGGGCCCUCGGACAGGAAUACUUCGAACCGAGUGCCGCCAGUGUGCCAUCGAACGGAGAUGAAGAGGAGGAGCACCAGAUGGGGAUGAGCUGCAACAGUCGCUACCACAAGCUACCCGUGUUCACCUUCUACGACGAUUGCGAUGCCGACAGUGGGUCGAGCCAGCGUUUAUUCCCCAGCGAUAACGAUUUGCUGCUGCGAGCGAUGGAUUACAGCACCUUUCACGGUAAGCAACAGCAUCAUCAUCAGUUCAAGUCGCUGCCCACGAGGAAUCUUAUCCAUCCGGCGAUGCGGAGGACCCAGCUAGUACCCAAGGAUACGGUCAUGCGGAGCAAAUCGUUUCAGGACCAGAGCGAUAGUAUUCCAAAGCGGUUGAAAAUGAUCCCGAAGGCGAGAUUUUUCCUCCGAGCCAAGGACCGGCCCAAGAAGCGUUCGCCACUCUGUAGCAACAACAAUCACGACUCGAAUGCAUCCUCCCUGUGCCCCUCGACGGUGUUCUUGAUGCUGAAAACCAGUUCACCGCUGACGUCAGAGUCAGCUUCUGUGACGGCAUCCGCGAUAACGUUUAAAUCGGAUGACGACGGCGGCGGCGGCGGGGGAACAAAUGGAAGUGGGGAUGCUUGUUGGUAUGAUACCACCAUCGCCAAUGGCCAACAGGAAGCGCCACCAUCCUCGGCGGAGAGGGAAGUGGUCGUCAGUGGUCAGAGUGUUGCUAGUUCACCACUGCCGGAUCUAAGGAGAGACGGAGCGCGACGGGUACUGUCCUACAGUGACGUAAGCAAUUUUGUGUUCAUCGAUGAGGAUAUUGCUGCGAUGGAUCAUCGGAAAGAAGUCAGUGGUGACGUAAUGCCUCCGUGUAGUGAUGAAGAAUUCUUACCUGGCGGCGGUGGAAGGGGCGCAGUAGCGCCGAUUGAUGAAACCGGCAACAGUAAUAAAUUAAAUGUUCAAAAUCCUGCUUCUAAGAUUAUGGCAGCAGGAUCAGGAGGAGACGAUAAGGAAAAUCGACGGAGUCAUUUGUUGGGUAGAAUUUAUCGUCGAAUGCGAAAAUGCUCGAUGGGAUGGAGCAAGACGGGAUGCAGAGCGUCAAGAGCUCGCAGCAUCUCGGAGGAGAUAAGUGAUAACGCACGCUGCGACGACGUACCGAAGGCAGAGAGCAGUUCUGGCACUCACUCGAAACCCGAUUCUGCGCACAAGAGCGACAAAGAUAAAGAUAAGAAAGAUAAGGAAAAGGAAGAACGUGAUGAAGAAACAAUCAAAGUAUUCGACGGCAACUGUUCAUAUCGAAGAAGAAUAUUUAGAGCCAUCACCGUACCUAGAACAUGCUCGUUAGAACAAUUACUGACCACCGCCUUGAGGGCCUUUCAUAUAGCCAGGGAUUCCAAUCUAUUUUUUCUUACCGAUCUUUACGGCGAGGAAGUAAGACUACAGGACCCAACGCCGGUCCUGAAUCUGCAUCGAGUGGAAGGAAAACGGCCUGCAAUUUACUUGCGAUUUCGCGACCGGGAGAACGACCACGGCUUCGUGAGGGUCUACCCGGGCAAGUUGCAGGUGGAGAACGCUUACGUGAACAUCCCGGUGGAUAACGACACCACGGUGAAGGAUCUCAUCGGCGAAUCGUUGAAGAAGUUUGGCCUCCAGAGACACCAAAUCGAGGACUACCGCUGCUCGGAGAUCUUGCUCGAUCGGGGCGUCACCGAGCGAGUGCUGUCGUGGAACGAGCGCCCCUGGGAGAUCAUGAAGCAGCUGGGCAAGGACUCGAUACGCCAGAUGGAGAUGAUGCGCUUCUAUCUGCAGCUCAAGCAGGACCCGCACGGGCCCAACCUGGCGCUGUUCGUGGGCAAUCUACCUCCGGGUCUGUCGCAGCGGAACUACGAACACAUCCUGACUGAAUUUCUAGGUUUCGAGAACAAGUUUAGCAGCAUCGGUCCGAUCUACUACGAGUAUGGAUCGCUAGUGAUAACCUACGAAAACGCAUCCAAAGCUGUUCGGGCAUUCCAAGCCUUGCGAGAAUCCAAGUACGAGGAAAAACAUCUGCUAGUACUGCUGUUGCCGAACAUCGAACCCAGUAUGGUCCCGCAGGGAGUCCAGCCGCUGCUAGUGUUCGUUAACGUCAAGUCCGGCGGAUGCCAGGGUUUAGAGCUUAUUAGUAGUUUUCGUAAAUUAUUGAAUCCAUAUCAAGUAUUUGAUCUGGAUAAUGGUGGACCACUGCCUGGACUGUACGUAUUCAGACACAUUCAGGAUUACAAAAUUUUAGUUUGUGGAGGUGACGGAACAAUCGGCUGGGUACUUCAAUGCUUGGACAACGUUGGUCAGGAUUCUGAAUGUUCUAGUCCACCGUGUGCAAUCGUUCCUCUGGGCACUGGAAACGAUUUGGCUCGAGUGCUACGGUGGGGCGCAGGCUACACCGGGGGCGAGGAUCCGCUUAAUUUGCUUCGCGACGUAAUCGACGCGGAGGAAAUUCGGUUGGAUCGCUGGACAGUGGUAUUCCAUCCCGAGGACAAGCCGGAGGAUGCUGCCCCGAAACCACCGACCAACUCAGCGGUCGUCGGAGCGAGCCAGAGUGAGGACAACUCGCAAAUUUUCGUGAUGAACAAUUACUUCGGUAUUGGCAUUGAUGCCGAUCUGUGUCUGGACUUCCACAAUGCACGGGAGGAGAACCCGAACAAGUUCAACUCCCGGCUGCACAACAAGGGCGUGUACGUGAAGAUGGGCCUACGCAAGAUGGUGGGCCGGAAGAUGGUCAAGGAGCUGCACAAAGAGUUACGACUCGAGGUCGACGGAAGGGUGGUCGAUCUGCCACCCGUCGAGGGCAUCAUCAUUCUGAACAUCUUGAGUUGGGGAUCCGGUGCCAAUCCGUGGGGACCUGAAAAGGAGGAUCAGUUCAGCAAACCUAAUCACUGGGAUGGAAUGCUGGAAGUUGUUGGAGUGACUGGAGUGGUUCAUCUCGGACAGAUACAGUCCGGUCUGCGAUCCGCAAUGCGAAUAGCCCAGGGUGGUCACAUUAAGAUCCAUCUGCACUCGGAUAUACCGGUGCAAGUCGACGGGGAGCCAUGGGUACAGAGUCCAGGGGAUGUGGUCGUCUUAAAAUCUGCUCUGAAGGCCACGAUGCUGAAGAAGAUUAAGAGCAAACGAAGACUCACUGAGCCCCAUAUCUCGACAGCUGUAGCGGGAUUCUCGCAAGGGGGUCCGCCAGAAAAUGGGGACCGCGAUAAAGAUGCCCUGAGCGGAGCAUAGAGUACCCGUCCGUCCGGUCCUAGUUUUCUGUUUUCCUGUUUUCUGUAACGGCGUUAAUCACCAAAGUCCAGGGUUAACCAGUGACACACAGCAUUCAAAAGCAACAGUCGAAGAAAGAAAAAAGAAACUACCUAGAUAUUGUUUUGUUGUUGCACCGUACAAAUGGAAUAAGUUUGAGAAUUGUUUGGAUAUCUUAAGUAGGGAACAAACGAAGUAAACCGGAACUUGUUUUGAGCUUCACCCCAAGAAGAUUACAACAAAAUCAGUGAAACAAAACCACAGUCCUGACACAGUUUCGAAACAGGCAGCAGAAAAGAUUAAACGAUUCAUGCAAUCUACUACCCCCGUUACUUUCGCAAUCAUAUCUCUUGCAUUUGCUCCGAUCGUUACUGUCCAAAUAUUCCCGCCUCGAAUGAACAAGACUCACUCAAUACCAAUCCGACUUCAAAAAAAUCUCGAACUAAGUGCACUACACUUUCUAGUACUACUGACCAAUAAAACGUCCAACUUACACUUGCAAUCCCUUUUAAAGUAUUCACACAUACACCAAGACAUGUAUUCACCCACAUACACCAAGACAUGCUACCUCGAUCUGUCGAAGCUACUAUUCGAACUCCACCUUCUUUCAAAUGAACAAUUUUUUGUUGCGAAAAAAAACUAUCAACCGAAUGUGCGAAGGGAGUUUGGAUUUCGAAUAGUCGCAUCACAAAAAAAUGUUCUCUCUCGUGUUUAUGUACUAUUUUUACAACAAUUACUACCACUUUUACUCAUAUACAUAGUUACCUAUAUAAAAAAUCUAUAUAUUAACAUAUUUGCUAUUUUGUUAUUUCGUAUUUUACAAAGUUCAUAGUCCACAAAACGCCUUUCUUGAGAAUUCGACUUUACCUAUCGUGUUGCAGUUCUUUGUUAAAAAAAAAAAACUAUAUAACCUCUCACUCGCUCUUUCACUCCUUUAUCAGUCACACGUAUAUAUUCGCAAUUUCAACAAGUCAAUAGCCUUAGGAGUAAAUCACUAGAAUUGGGCUAGAGCAAACUGUGCAGCGUGCAAUGUUGCUGGAGUAAACAACUCGGCUCCGGAUCAAUGCUGUAAUUCGUCCUUCCGAGCUUUCCUAGUUAUCUGCGUCCGAUUGAAGAUGAGGUUUUCUCAUUUCUGGUAGUCUGCUGUUUGCCUUUGGUGAUACGCAUUUAUUAGAUCAAUGUAGCAAGUUCAUGGAGACGACACUGGAGAAGAGGUGACAGUUCGUGAAUGGUAAAUGAUUAUGCAGCAAUUGCCUCAAGCAUGGACAUUGGAUGCAAAGCUGCAAUUCGAGAUUCAGCUACCGUGAUUGUGAAAAGAAUCAAAACUCGCUGAGUCGUCCCGGAUUUUCUAUGAGAAGUAUCAGUACCGGAAACAACGAUAAACCGGCUUUGUUCCGAGUCCCAGUAGUGGAUUAUUAUCUCUGCCUCUGGAAAAAAAGCGUGUGGCAUCUGACCACAUCAUCCACAGGAAAUGGAAACGGUCUCGAGAACUGGAUUCAAGGACUCAACUGGUCCAACCAUUUCAAUCGCUGUACUCUUCUUGUAUUAUAUGGCAUUCUGACAGACCCAGCCCAUCGCACUUGUCCUUCUGGGUGUUGGGUAAUUGGCAGUGCGUUGUUUCGCCUUUCAUUAGAAUAACCUAGCAGCAGCAGUUGUCCAGCGGUUACAAACUUCCUGCCCUGUGCAAAUAUAUUUGCUGACAAAAUUUCGCUAAAUAUUCAGCGGGAUUUUGGUCCGGACUACGUUGUGGCCAAUCUACAACAGCAAUGAUAUAAUCCUUUGGAAUGUUUUUCGUGUUAUUUGAUGCAUGAAAAAUAACAUUUUUGUCCAUAGGCAAUUCACAGUACUUCUCGGAAUGCGCCUUUGUUUUUUUUAUCCCAUUUAUUUAUUUAUUUAGGCUCAUUAGCAUUUUAACUCUAACAGAACCGUGGUUUAAUCUUGUACACGUUACAUGUUUAUGCUUUCUAUAAAUUGUAAAUUACGCAGAAGCCAUGUUUAGGAGUUAGAGUAUUCCUUCCGUUCUUCCAUUGUUCAGCAGACCGGACAACGGAGACAGUUGAUAUGAUCAUUGUUGUAUUAUUAUAACGAUCUUCUCUUUCUUGUUGCAAGCACAGCUUCCUCAAUAGCAGAGCUUGCAUGAUGCUUGUUUCGUAGACAUAGUUAUUCUAUAACAACACAAAGAUGGUCAAUUGAGGGCCCUGAGUUUUAAACUCACGAUCGCGCAACCGCAACCAAUGUGGCUACGAAGACCCCCUCCAAUCUCGUUGGUAUGAAGCCUAUUGGUUUUUUUUCACAACUUCACUGACCCUUCCUCAAACCAUUACGGCCUCUUCCUCGAAGUUGCAAGUUUGUAGGUUUUUUUUUUCCGUUUACCUGCAAACAAUCGCCAAAAACGUCACGUUCAGGUUAUUCUUUUUUUCAUCGCUGAAGAACACUCCGAACCACUCUUUCUCACAGCAUUGGAUUUUCUAGGCGUUCGAUCUGUCUUUUGUCCCUAUCUGUUAAGUACGGAAGCCUUCCAUCACGCUUCUUUGUGGCGUAUUGAACACCCAAUCGGAUAUAGUUUGUAAUUUGUCACACUACGGUAAUAUAAAACGGGCUUUACAACAUCAUUAAUGAUGUCAUUCCGAGGUAACCAUUUGAACAACUAAAAAUUCAGUUGACUGUAGUGUUUACCAUGAAUCUUGCUUGUGUUUCCGCAUGACCGAUUCCGCUAACUGGUAUAUUAUUCGUGCGUCUCUGUGGGCCGAGUAUCUGACAUAAUUGUUCGUUUACGAUCCAAUGUCAAGUAAUCCUCGUGCGAACUGAUUUCCUCCAUAUUGGUCCCGUAUAGCCAGAACGCCCAUUUGAAGAAAUACGUUUGUCAUUUUGUCUUGGUUUGUACUCACGUUGUAUGCUUCAACCGCUCCUUGAUCACCGUUUUCUCUUUCAUAAAUAUGGGACUCUACCUCGUUGGUCAUUCAAUUCGUUGCUACCGUCCUGUUGUUCUGAUUAUUCUCCGACUUGCCAACCGGUUUAUCGUUGUUUCCGAUACUGAUACUACUCAUAGAAAAUCCAGGACGAAUCAGCGACUUAUGAUUCUUUUCGCAUUCACGGCAGCUGAAUCUCGAAUUGCAGCUUCGCACCCAAUGUCCAGACUUGAGGCAAUUGCUGCAACCUCUUCUCCAGUGUCGUCUUCUUGAACUUCCUGCAUUGACCUAAUAAAUGCGAAUCGUCAUAGGUAAACAACAGACUGACCCACCACUAUCAAUGUCGGUAGCGGAUUGAACUACGACUUUCUGUCGCCCAACGUCAACUUUUAGUGACCGGUUUUCUUUCAACUCGACGUUCAAUGAUAUUGCCUCCGAAACUCUUGUACGUUUCUCCGAAAAGUUCACGCAAACCGUGGAGCUCGUGUCCUUAGUUGAUGCUGCAUAAUCCUCCCAUAAUUGGAGUGUCUUUAUGUCCAAUAUGGAACACAUCCAGUGCACUUCCAUGACACCCCAAUGUUCGGUCAUCCCUCCUCAUUGUUUAAACAUUUUUAACCGUUGUUGAAACUCGUCGAUAAGAUUAUAAAGUGCUGAUGACGACUCCCGCUCAACCUUUAGGUACUUUGGGAGAGAUGCUCAUCAGGAUACCUUGUACCGUUGAGACAGUGAGUUAUCGCCCUUCCUGCAGCGUUCUCCGCGCUCUCUUCACUGCACAUUAUUUGUGUCACAUUGCUCGUGUCGAUAUCUAUAUAAGAUGCGAGCAUUCCACGCCGUUCUUCAUUGAAUCGAUGCCAUACGAACACUACGCGGUCAAGUGUUUCCACUAUAUAUGUACACUGCGAGCGAAUAAACAUGUCUAUAUCUGAAGAUAUUCUCGAGAGCAACCGAGACCUGACAGAAAUUGCGUCAGGUUGAAGUUAACUUCUCCAUGACAUCUGUCAACCAAGUUGGCGAAGUCUGUGAUUAGCAUAUGGGUUCUACCAUUCUUCAGAAUGCAAUGCGGUGAUGAUAUGUAACAAAUUGAGCUCUCACUCCUUGUAUGCACAUGCGCUCUGGCGAAUGAGCAUGCUCCGAAACACAGAUCAAAUGUUUGUUGUCGGCUCCUUUUUUGCGCCGUGUUUCUAUACCCGUUUCACAUCGCACUUGAAUCUGGUUUGCUUUCUCUGUUGAGUUAUUUUUCUUCACAAAAGCCAACCGUAUGCAUUGGAGGCGCGCUGUUGUUUUUAUGCUUUACUUACAAUGAGCGAAGACAAAUCGGGCGCUAGAAUUUGAUGUGUGUGUAUAAAACGAGGCGCGCAUCACACAAGUAAGAAGCAAUGUUGAACAUCUGAAUUCUGCACGCUGAAUUGUGUGCGCUGAUGAAAAUUAAACUCAGGUACAGCGCAGCGCAGUGUUUUCUGAAGACUGGGUUUAACAACCUUUUGAAGUGUUGUUCCACUCUUGCUACCACUUCCUCAUCGAGUCACUACUUGCUCUUUUUCUCUGAUAUUUUGUCUCUUCGUAGAACACGUUGUCUGCCUUCAGUCAGAACAAUGUCGAUAGGAAUCAUUCCGGCUAUGACACAUACGGGGCUCCCAUAUACAGGGUGGGUCAUUUAAAGUGGAAGCAUCUGGCAACCCCAUAACUUUUGACAGAGAUGUCAGAUUAACAAAUGUCAUACCGCGUUGGAAGCGUCAUUUCAGUACAAUUUUAACCAUGGAACAAUACACACCUAAACAACGCGCUGAAAUUGUUCAGCUGUACAUUCAAAAUAACUUCUCAAUUGUGUUAACUAAACGUGCGUGGAAAAUAAAAAUAAAGUUAAAACAUCGCCUGGAGACAACACUAUACGUCGAUUAUAUGCCAAAUUUAUAUCGUCUGGUAGUGUUGGUAAUGCCAGUCAUCUGUCCAGACAACGACCAAGACGUUUCGACGAGAAUAUUGAUGCCGUUCGAGCCAGUGUUGCAGAGACUCCAUCGACAUCAGAUCGCCAUCGUUCGCAAGAGUUAGGCAUCGCUCGAACCACUCUCCGACGCAUAAUUCGUGUUUAUUUGAAAAUGUUUCCGUGUAAAAUUCAAAUGGCUCAAAUUAUUGCGCGAAAUGUUCCCCGGAAGAUUAAUAUCGAAAAACGGCGAUUAUGACUGGCCACCGAGAUCACCUGAUUUGACGCCUCCUGACUUUUUUUUAUGGGGAUGUUUAAAAUCCAAGGUAUACACUGGUAAACCAAAGACCCUGGCUGCGCUGAAAGACAAUAUCCGACAAGAAAUUGCUGCCAUAUCGGCCGAAACAUUGGGCAAAGUGAUGGAAAAUGCCGAAAAAAGGGCACAUUUUGCGGUCAAGGCCAGAGGCGGUCAUUUACGAGAUAUCAUAAUCAAAAAGUAGUUAGAACAAAUCUCCUUGGACCAAAAUAAAUUAACUUAAAAAAAAAAUUAAAAUUCCACUUCUUUACCUUGCUAUUGCAAAAACAAAUCCUUCCACUUUAAAUGGCCCACCCUGUAUAUUGUUCUGUAUGCGCUCGCUACUCUCAUGACCUUGGCUUUGUAGGUCGGUCCAGCACUGUUAGGUUUUGUUUGUUGUUGAUGGCUACCGCCCAAGCUGGACAAACGUAUCUUAGAAUCGAUAUGGUUACGCUAGCUAAGAGGUGUCUCUUACUACUACUGUUGGAUUAUUGCAUUAUUCGGUGUGAUUCUGGCAAUUGCCGUUAUGGCCUUUGACGCUUCCUCACAGGCGUAGUUGGCAUAGCUCCUGAACUUAGGUCCAUCGUCGAUAAAAUCCCACCCAGAAACUUGAGCUUACGCUUGCAAACAUUGCCGCUUGUUUAACACUUCAGCAGUUGCUGACCAGCACGAUUGACACUUUCCUCGUUCAAAUUGAAUAGGAUUUUUGAAAGGAAUUUGAUAGAAUAGGCACCUAUGUGCAACUAUAGGAUAUGUAGAAAAAUAAUAAAACUACAGCCAUAUCAUUAUAAUGUUUAUACUAUACUUUUUAUUAAUUUAUAGUGCGGAUGGUUUGUACUGCAGCUUUUUGCGAAACCCAUAUAAUAUGACUUUGGCGGUUCCCGGAAUAAAUCGCCACAGAAAACGACUGCAACAGAAACCACCGCUUAUAAAAUGUGUAGUAGGCUAUAAAUAUUGUGGCGCGGUAUUGUAUUUCAAAACAAGAAUUAACCGGGCAAACGUAUCGCCCCAGGCAAACGUAACGCCCCGGGCAGACGUAUACCGUCCGACGCUCGCUAGAGCUCGGUCGGACAUUGCUAAAGGAUCGUAUCCUAUGUUUCAAACUAACCGGGCAAUCAGUGGAUCCCAGGUUUGCGUGCGAGACACCGCCGCUUCCGACGGCGGGUCGGCGGUGGACUCGGAUUGCGUCAUCUUGGCGGCAUGGGCCGCCUCGAUUCCUUAUCCUCGCCAAAUGGGGACUUCGUCCCCAUUACAUUGUCCUCAGAAUAAAUUUCGAAAAACGAGAACAAGAGAAUAAAUUUAUAAUAGAAAUGUGAGGCACAUGAUGUUUUUCCCGCGCCAAAUAUUUCUAGCCUACUACACUUUUUCUAAGCGGUUGUUUCUGUUGCAGUUGUUUACUGUGGCGAUUUAUUCCGGUCACCGACUUUGGCAUGUGUUAUUGUUGUCAAUUCAUCUUCAAAUUAAAUAAAAUAUUGCUAGAUCAUGUAAAAGUUCUCCACAAACAAUGUUUGAUCUUCAUUUGAUAAAUUAUCCGCAAGUUGGGCUUCACAAAAAAACUCAGAAAAGUCGCUUUGGGCGACGAACGUGUUAAGUCUUGUGACGCGCUAUCUGCAGUUUUGCUCCAUGCAUCCAGUUUUCUACAAUUUUUAUUACGUGACCAGCAUUCCGACCUCCUAUCGUGUCUCGCCCGCCACUGCCUGAAAUGUCGUCCACAAACCCAACGGUGUUGAUUCCCUUCGGUAACCUCAGCGUUAGCGCUCCAUUAUAGUGCUGGGACACUUUCGGGACACCUGCUGUUACAUGAAACGACUUUUCUCCCUUUCCUGUGUUGUAGGGUAAAAUUCUGCUUCAAAGUGCACAUUUUGAGCAACGUCUUUGCAAUUUUGCACAAUUAUAGUAGAAGUGUGUAAUACGCACCCCCUAAGCGAGAAUGGAUUUAUCUUGACCGUGCUCUUAUAAUUUAAGAUAACAACUACGUCAGUACGUACAUUAGUUAUCCCUCAUUCAUCUGUAAUCGUUCUGUAUUUUAGAUAUUGAAUAACAAAAGCGCUACGAAUUAGGCGCUCAAAUUCUAAAUUUCCAAUCAUACGGUGUUAAAUGGCCCAGCAGAAGUAUAAUAUGCCCAUGAGUUGUUUCUCUCAGAGACUAUAAAGCUCAGAGAAACAGCUUGUAUGAACGAGAGAUUCCAUCAAUCUGUUCCCUUCAUGCCUACCAGCGAAGAGAAGAAACCGUUUCUCCGGUGAGCGUGUUCUCCCAGUAUUCGUGUAUUAAUUCUUCAGACCGCGCUCUUGUUUUCCUGCAUUCUCUGAGCACAUAAUAUAGAUGCCAAAUGUGAAGACAUGUUUUCGUUUUGAAGACAUUUUAUUUUGUGAAAACAUACUGAGGACAUUUCAAAGUAUGUGAAAACAAUUGUUUGUGUGAUUUAUCGAACAUGAUUUAGAAAUAUCGUGAUGGUUUGCUCAUUUUUGUUUAUUUUGAUUACAUUUGAAGACAUUUAUUCGUGCCAUGCAAAGAUUUUUGAAAAAAUCAUCACAUCCAAGCUAUUUCUCUCGUGAGAAUGUUAUCCGGCCGAAAGCGAGCAUAUUGCCCCGAUCGAGGGUAUGCCAUAUUGCCCGAUGGUAAGCUGAUGCAGAAAAUAUCAAAUUGAGAAGGAAGUGAAUCCUUUCUUACCAUUUUCUUCAUCUGAGAUGUUCAAUGGGAACUCGACUCAAUAAAUAUAACCCACAGUUAUCGCUUCUGAAUCGGUUUCAAGCAACAAAAACCUUAUAGAAAUGAUGUAGAAAAUUACAUCGAAAAUCGCUUCCAAAGAAAAUUAUUUUUCUUAUUUUUUUAAAGCAUAUUACAAAUGUAAAACUUGCAUGGUGGGAUUCUAUCAUUGACUAGCACGAAUAGAAAUGCAAUGGAUACAGGCCCGGUAGGCGCGUUUUAGACACAUCUCCUCUAAAUGUGUUUUCAACGGCAACUGUCACAACAUCACAGAAUCGAUUGCCGCGUCUUUUCGUUUCGACGCUUUUUUUUAUGACAUGCAGGAUAACAGCUUCCCACUCGGAACCCAAACUGUAACUUUGAGAGUCCAUGCUUGCUCUCUGUACACUUCGUCAGCCUAUUGAUGGUUAUUUUCUCCAGAAAUUUGCCAAGUGUGCCCAUAAGACUAAUUGACCUGUGUGAUUACGGCUUUCCUAUUGUUUUCCCUUGCUUCGGCAGCUGUAUAAGUUUCUGCCACUUCCAUAUAUCGGGGAAGUGACACUUUUGUAGAGUUACUCUGAACAUAUUCCUGUUCGCUAACAAUUCCUCAGUGGUCACUUUCUCGAAUUGUCUCUUUACCGUCUGGUGUACUUAAACAGAUUAUUCCUGAUUGGCACCUAUCUCGCUAUAGCUUUCAGUCUACUCCUUCAUCAAUAAGCAGUAGAUAAGCUUGAAGUGUAGUAUAAAAAAGGGGUAUACCGCAAUAGAUUAAAUAUAUUUCAACAUUCCCGGGCACUUUCGUGGGGGUCGAUGGGCCUCUGAUUUUUUGCCAUAACAACUCUAAGGCUUGAAAUAUCGAUGGAUGCUUUGAGGGCUUGUGCGAUCAUUGCGGAUAAUGCCUCCAAACAUUCGGGAUUAGCCAAGGCCAUUUUUGUUAGACGGAAAAAUGUGCUCUCGAUACGAUUAUAACCUCUCUUCCCGCGCGCGUGAGGUUUUCUCGACCAGUCCCACUUCCGACACCAAAUUAUUGCAUAUGCAUAAUUAUUGCUUACUUCCCUAAUCGUAAUAAUAACGCGGUUCGGAGUAAAAAAAAUCAACUUUUAUUGGAUACAGGUUUAUUUAUUUAUAUUUUUCUUUUAUUUUCAUUAUUUUCAUUAUUUCUGUUUUCAACUGACAGCUCGUGUACACUCCGGUUUGAAGUUGGAUAAGUGCAUACAUGAUAGGCCUUUUGGAAUUCGUUGAGGGUAGAGGCGACGCUGUUGGGACUUUUCCAAAACUGGAACUGUUUCCGAGCUCUUCGUCCAUUUGUACCUUUAUUUUUCCUCCAGGCUUAUACAUGUGAUUCUCUGAGUUUUUUGGACCCGUCGUUCGUCGGCGUUCACAUAGGUCAUCACAUCAAUGCUAGAUGGAGCAUCAUCUCGCUGUAGGUUGUCUUCUAGCUGGGGUGUGUUGAGUCGCGUCGAUCAAAUCUCUCCUUCCGUCACAUUGGAUAUGCUCUCGUCGAUAAGUAACAAAAAAAACCGCCAAUAUGACAAAUUGGUGUGACUGAUAACGGCGAGAAGACGAAACUAUAAAAAGCACGUUUAUUGCUCGUUCAGGAGAACACAACGCACAGUUUGCGUCCAGCUCGACUAGCUUGCGCCCCAGUUGAGAGAGGUUAGGAUCGAUAGAAUAAAAAGGCUUUUUGUUUAUACUUUGAUUGAAACAACAAUAUUGUAAUCGUGUAAUCGUGUUGCGUAGUUAAUUUUUUUUAGUUUUCUUUGGGCUGUUGAUUGACUUAUUCAAAUUACGGCAUAACUACUCCUUGUUUAAUUCCCUUUCGUUUUUGUUGACCUGUUCAUUUACUGUAUUUCUAAAAUAAUGGGAAUGUUGCAAAGUAUUUAUCUAGUUGUGUCUUUCUUAUCGGAAUGAAGAUGUAUCGCUCUAUCUUACAGCCAGUCACUUAAUCGUUGAUCUACGAGUAUACUAACAAAUAAGUAAUAAUCUUUGCAACUCGUGAAUAUUUAGUUUCAAGUGGGAGAGUCACUUUUGUCACCAAUACGCUCUUAUUUUCUUUCUCUUUUCUUGAAAAAAAACAUGGACAAACAUCUUCGUGACGAACCGAUUAUACCGAAACACUCCAUUCGAACACGGAACUAAAACUCAAACAAUCGCAUGAAUUCUGAACGCAACGAACAACCCUAAAUUGCACCGAAAAAAUAAUUUGUUGAAAUGAAACCAAAUGUAAAAUUCCAUCUCAUUUACCAUCAAACGUGCACUUACUCCCAAACACAUACACUGAAAAAAACUGGGACGAAAACAACCGUUUUUUCGCGGACCGGGCGGUACAGGCGACCAUGUUGAAAAAAAUGAAGGGCAAGAUGAAGCGACGCAACACCGAACCGACCAUGCAGGUGAUGGGGUCAUCGGGAAUACAGAUGACACUGGCCGCUCCUCAGGAGCCGGAAGAGGUCGACUCGAAUAAUACUG